AUGAUGCCUCGGCUGGAGUUGCCUGUGGCCAUUAGCAGCUGGGUUUCUCCCACCGUACAGAAGUGGGUCUUCCACCACCAGAGCUCCGAGAAAAGUGCAAGGAACCUUACGUGGGCGGAAGCCAUUGACCUCAUGGAAAACGCACCAGGGUUUCGCGAGAUGUUGACGUCCAAACUGCAGGAGAGCCCCUUCAGCGCUUUCAUGUGGGAAUGUGCGCCUCUGACCGCUCAGACAGCUGAGCGAAGGCCUUUUGAGUUUAUCAUCAUGGAGGCGUCCCAUUUAGAGCAUCCUCCUCCGGACACGGAGUCCUUCUCCCAGUAUCUGUCGGAUGUUGAGGGGCAGCCGGUGGCCAAAGCCUUCACGAAUUUGGGCGGUGAUUCUACCUUGGUGUCACCAGCACAAGCGACCAUGAAUCCAGAGGACUACAAACACAUCGGCAACUUCUUCCGCCACGCACCCUCUGAGCAGCACCACGCGCUGUGGAAGACGCUGGUGGAGCAGCUGAAGCGACGCCUCUCACAGCAGCGACAGGCAUCCUAUUGGGUCAGUACUGAGGGCAGCGGUGUGGCAUGGCUCCAUUUGCGUGCCUGGGUAUCGACUCACGUCCCAAGUAUUACCAUCACCGGGAGUACCGCUCAGCACAGCUUUGUGAAGGAGAACAUCAACCUUGAACUCUCUGCCAUCUGGCCCUCUCGACGUCACAGAACUUGGUGGGUGCUGUAUGCUAUGUCUGGUCAGAAGAUUCGACAUGUUCACCCAUCUGAAGCCCUGGCAUUGAAUGGUAUGGAUUGCACUAUUGACUUCGGACUUAAUGUCCGCCUUACUUUGUCUGGUGUGGGACAGAUUGCUAGCCCACUUCAGGCUGCAUGGGUCUUCAGCAUUGUGCUGCAGAGGAUUGAGUACUUGAGCAAAGACAAGGCCGAGUACAGCCCGUUGGCCCAUUUGCUUGCGUUCAGGUCGUGGCUUGUCAUGAAAUGUCAGACAGCGUGGCCGUGCACUCAGCAGGUUAUUUCUGAUCGUUCUCUUGCAGAAAUGGUUGCCUUCUGGUACCCUGUGCGCACCCUGUCCCUUGAGCAGGUGGUGCAUCCGAACUGGCUUGAUGAUCCUCCAGUGUCUCACCUCUCUGUGGCUGCAGUGUUGGAUCAAUUGAUUCGCAAAGCUCAAGCUGAAGAACAUCAUGCACCGGCUGUGGAUUUGACCGAUACACCGUGGUUCGAUUAUCCUGUGUGUGAUCCCAAAUGUGAUACCUCUUUCUCAGUUGGUGUGUCUGAGGUUUCUCUUAUUGACUCUCAGGGUAGUGGUGUCAGUUUCCGCUUCCAGGCAGGUUCCACUGUUGCAGAUCUGUUGUGCGCCCAUGCCAAGCUGACGGGAACCAUGAGGGUUGCGUCCGUAUGUGACCAGUUUGGGAAUGAAGUUCAUUUGACUCAGCCAAUUCAAGUUGGUCAAAAUGUGCAGAUUUUCUUUUCGUCCAGUGAUGAGGGUGUCACCUUUUCUGCUGAUGACUCAUGUAUGCCAUCGCAUGUUAUGGGUCCUGUUCCUGAGCAGGUUGGUGAUUCUUGUAGUGAUGUUCCCAUGCGAGUUGUUUCUGGCCAGUUUCCGGUAUCUGAGUCUCACCAAACCAGUGCCUCUGGUGCAGUUGUGCAUGAGGGUGUUGAUGAUCCGCCAGUCGUGUCUCCCACCUUGAGCUGGCAACCUGAUGUCAGUGUGGAUGCAUACCCGCUUACUGGGGGUGCCACUCUGCAGUACCCGUCUAGCACAGGUCAAAUUCAUGCACUCCUUCCAUUGACUGCCAAGCAGUUUGUGAGACUUGCCGUGCCUCGCAUUGAUGAUGCUCAGAAGUUUAAGGCUUUGAGACAGCAGUUCGUCUCCUCGUCGGAUCGCUGUGCUUUGCUGCAGGCGCAAGGAAAUGUUUGGUCUGAUGAUGAAAUGGCAUACCACUUGAGUGUGCUUGCUGCUCCAAAACCAAACCUUCAGUUUCCUGUGCUCGUGCUUGAUCCCCUUCUGUGUACUGCCUGGUUGGAGGAAUGUGCCUUUCCAUGUGCAAUUUGGGCAAAUGAUCACCCUGAAGUUUUGCGUGAUGGAGUUCAGAUCAUUGGCGCUUGUAGAUUUGACACACAUUGGGUCCCGUUUCAUGUUGUUCCGUGCAAGUCUCAUGCUACUGUGUACACUUGGGAUUCCCCAGUCAAUGACCAUCCACCAUGCUUGGAGAAGAUUGCUCGUGGGCUGGGAUUUCAAUCUGUUCUUGUUUCAAGGCAGCAAAGGCUGGUUCCAGUGUCAGACAAAUGCGGUGCUAUGGCUGUGCAUUUCCUUCAAUCAGCGUUGAGUGAUGUCCAGCUCCCGACAGUGAGUUCGGAAGUGCAGAUCGUUCAUGAUAUGCUUAGGUUCAGGUUUGCCGAGAUUGUUCAGAAGUCUGAAUUUGUCAUCCGUCCCUGGGUCUGGGGUGCCGGAGAUGCCACAGAUGGUAGCUCAGAUGAACCGAAUGUUCCAGGUGAUACUGGUGCGUCUAUCCUCCUGUGGUCAAUCGAGUCUUCCCGGUCGAGUCCCCUGAGUGGCAGUCGUGCAGAUGACAGGUCAAGAUCUCCUUUGCGUCUUCGACCGUCUUCUUGUCCGUCUGCUGGGUCUGCUGGUCCUGAUGCUGUGCCUGCUCCCGAUGCAGACAGCUUGCAAGCCAGGGAAUCCGGGCCACUCCCUAUAAUGCCCGAUGAGCCUGAACGGCUGCCUCGAUACAUUGAGCACACUGUUCUUGUGGGUGGGAUGCCUGUCACUGCAUUGUAUUCCCUAAAUAUGUCCUCUGGCCCUUAUCAGACACGCCUUCGCGGCUUGUACGAUGUUGGGGCUUACAGUCGUGAACUGUGGUCACGGAUUGAAUGGGAGGUUGCUGACUUGAUUGCCUUGAGUAAUGCCCGGAUGCUCCAAACCAGGCCACCCACCAUUGACUCGCCAACCAAGUUGUGGGCCGUUCGUGGCCAGGUUCUUCCUUCUCUGGAUAGGCUGGCAAUUCUGCGAAAUCAGAUGGGUGCCAUGGCUGAUGAUGAAAUGAGGUUCCAUAUGAACUCUCUUGCUGAAGAAUGUCUACGAGGUGGUGACUGCCUACCAAAGCAGGUUGUUGUCAUUGAUCCACUUGUCUCUGCAGCUUGGGUUGAUCCUGCGGCCUUUGACUGUGCUGAGUGGGCGGCCACCCAUCCUGAAAUCCUGGCUGAUGGACUUCAAGCCAUUGGGGUGUUCUGCAUUGAGGCACAUUGGAUUCCUUUCCUAAUUACACCUUGGGGCAAUACAGUCCGCAUUGCUUCUUUUGAUGCUGCUCAAGAGCUUCCUGCAAUGUUGUCCGCUUGUUUGAUGCGCAUGACCCAUGGCCUUGGGUUUACUGAGACUUUCUUUGAUCAUGUGGUCCGACCGUUCGCCAUCAAAUCAGCAUGUGGUGCCGUGGCCAUCAAUUUCCUCCGAGCUCAGCUUGUUGGAUUUCCUCGGUUGUGUUCCAAUGUCUCUGCAUGGGAGGAACAUCACUGUUUACGACGCCGAUUUAUGCAGCAUAUUGGAAAUUCCACUGAGGUACCUCGCCCGUGGUUCUGGGGUAAUGGACCCCCUUCUGGUGGGAAUUUGGGUUCUGAGUCCGGCUUGCCUGGCCCUGCCUCUAGCAGCCCUUCGUGUGCCACUGAUGUAGCUCUUGGCCCUGCAGUGAGUGUUGGUGCUCCGGGUAGCUCUGCUCAGGUUGCUCAGGAAGUUGUUGAUGCACUUGCGUGUGUUCCAUCUGAUGGAUUAGGUGCGUUGAAAGGUCCCACUUUCAUGACAUCGCAACAAUAUGCUGCAGUUCGUAGCCAAAUGCUUGCAUCCGAUGAUCGAAGGAACUUACUUGCAGGUCAGUACGGCAUCUGGGCAGAUGAUGAGAUCAGAUUCCAUCUUCAGGCUCUUGCCGAUCAGUGUAAUGUUGUCAGCAAUGAUCAGCUGGUCCGGCAUGCAGAGAUUCCUGCUCAGUGGAUCAAUUGUCUGAUUGAGUUUGCGUUUGCUCUGGGCUUCCAAUCCUUGCGUUUUGACCAUACCCGCCGUGACAUUCGAUGCCGUUCUGCAUGUGGUGCUGUUGCCAUCAACUUUGUUGGCUGUCAGCUUGGUCUCUCUACCGAAGUCACCAAGUAUGCAGCUGUCUGGGCUCUUCACACUGAAUUUCGCCGAGUUUUCACUGAUGCACUGCAUGAGUCUGAGUUUGUGAGCCGACCCUGGAUUUGGGCAUCAGGACAGGAGAGUGAUGAUGCUUCUGAAUGCUCCUGGCCAUCGGAGGAUCAGGUCCCAGUCAAUCUUCCGGUUGCCGAAUCUACACCGGUUGCCUCCCAGACUGAUGGUGGUGUGCCAUUUGCACACCAGUGUAUCUCCACUGAUGAGCGGAUUGAUUUAUUUGCGGUCCAUGGGCGCUCCAUGGGUGAUGAUGAAGUGCGCUUCCACCUUGCCACUCUGAUCCAGAAACGUGCUUCACGUAGUGGAGGCUCUGAUACACACCGCCCAGUCGUUGUCCCCUUUGAGUGCCUUAACUUCCUGAACUGGGAUGAUGUUGGGCAUAUCCUCACUGAGAAAUGGUGUGAAAGUGCAAAGCAGGUCAAGUCUCAUGGCCAUCAAAUUGCGGCAGUCGUGCUUGAAGGGUCCCAUUGGCUUCCUCUGUGGGCGGUCCCAGCUGGGAUGGUUCUUGUGGUUCAUACCUUUGAUGACAUUGUGGACUAUGACAUUUUUGAUGGCAAGCUUCGCUGGAUUGGACUUCACUUAGGUUUUGAGGAGGUUGUGAUUCAUCGUGUGCCUCACGGUCUUCCAUCCCAUAACUUUUGUGGGGCCCAUGCUCUUGCAUUCCUGGCACAUAUCUUGAUUGAUGCUGAACUGCCUGAUUCCGUUCGCACUUUGGACUUCAUGGCUACAAACAUGCGUUUAUUGCCCUGGUUUCCUCCAGCUGAAUCCAUUGCUGUGCCUAUUUUUGAGACUGUUGCUAUCCAUGUUCGGCUGUUGGAGAAACAAUUGAUGUCCACCUCGCGUCAGUAUGCACGGCUUCGUCGGGCACGUAACCCCAAUUUAAUCUUUCGUGACAUUAAGGGUCCGUCCAGUCAUGGGGUUGACUUCUUGAUCCGGCCUUUGCAGUCCAAUGUUACUGAAGUGCGUGCUGAUGACUGUUCUGUGCUUGUUGACCCUCCUCAACCGUGGGUCAGUGACCGUCCUGUGCUUGCUCAUGGGCUUCCGCUCAAUAUCAUUCAUGUGGAGGAUGACUGUCUCUGGCUCCAGUCCAUUGAAGGGGUUCAGGUUGGGCAGUGUGUUUCCCAGUUGCAGUGCACAGGGACAAAAGCUGAUCUUGAAAAGGCAUUUGCUGAAGCAUGGAAAGCACGUUGGGAUCGCCAUGCCCAUGUGCCGGAAGAUCGAUGGGUCACUAUUCUUUCUUUUGCCAGGGCCUUCCUGCCUCGACUUCGGUUAGAUUGGCCUCAGCUCACACCAGAUGUGUUGGGACAACUCAUUGCCUCUAAAAAGUCCUCCUCUGCUUGUGGGCUUGAUGGUGUCUCCAUCCAAGACCUAAAGAGCAUGCCACCUGCUGCCCUUUCAAAUUUUUGUGACAUGUACAGUACUGCUGAACAGACUGGUCAGUGGCCAUCCCAGCUCCUGAUGGGUAAGGUUGUAUGCCUGGCCAAAGUUGAUCAACCGAGUUCGGUCUUGGACUAUCGUCCCAUUACGAUACUGGGUACCAAGAAGGGCCCACCGUUGCCUAAUUAA